GUUUUUUAGGUUCGGAGUUCGUGUAGACUUUUCGAAGAUAAGAACGAACCCUCUCUCUCUCUAUCUCUCUCAUUCUCUCUACUAUUUCUCCAUUUUGCUUAGCCCCAGCCGCCUCCCCUCCUCUAUAUCCACCCAACUUUUUUCUUUCUCUCUCCACAAUUAUAUUUAUACACCUUUGCUCCUUCUCUCACUAAAAACCUUGGACGCACACAUUUGACUCGGCAAAACACAACCGGGUACUCUGUUUUUUCUUCUCAAAACCAUUCAAGCUGGCGAUCGACAAUCAGGAAACUACUUUCAAACCAAGGAACAGGAGAAUCAUGGGUGCUGGAGGACCUGUUGAUGAGGAUAAUAGGUGGCCGCCAUGGUUGAAGCCUCUUCUAAAGGAGAGCUUUUUUGUUCAAUGCAAGUUACAUGCUGAUUCCCAUAAGAGUGAAUGCAAUAUGUAUUGCUUAGACUGCAUGAAUGGUGCUCUCUGCUCCCUUUGCCUUGCCUGUCAUAAGGACCAUCAAGCUAUUCAGAUAAGGAGAUCUUCAUACCAUGAUGUGAUAAGGGUAUCUGAAAUACAGAAGGUGCUGGACAUAUCUGGUGUUCAGACCUACGUGAUCAAUAGUGCUAGAGUUGUUUUCUUGAAUGAAAGGCCUCAGCCUAGGCCUGGUAAAGGUGUCACCAACACAUGCGAGGUGUGUGAGCGCAGCCUCCUUGAUUCCUUCCGGUUCUGCUCCCUUGGCUGCAAGAUUGUGGGGACAUCUAAGAAUUUUCAGAGGAAGAAGAAGCAACAGACAGCAAUGAUGUCAGACUCGGAGGACUCUUACAGUUACAGCAGCAGCAGCCACGGUCAGUACAAGAACCACAACGAUGAUGACCACAAAGUGCAAAGUUUUUCUCCCUCUACACCUCUUCCAACUUCAGUUAGCUACCGAUCUGCCAAGCGAAGAAAGGGCAUACCCCACCGUGCUCCUAUGGGAGGACUAAUCAUAGAAUUUUAUUGAUCAGCACUAGUAAUUUUGUGAAAUUGAUGCAGAAUCGCCACCACCAAAAAUACAUUGUAGUUUUAUAUCCCAAUGGCCCCUUUCUUUUUCAAGUCUUUACUAACCCGAUGCUGGAGCCUCCUUUGACUAGAGAAGGGCCAGUAUGGGAGGUUCAGUUCUCUCUCUAAUGUUUGUGUAUAUAGAAGAAGAAGCAGCAGCAGCAGCAACAAAUAGAAGUGGCAAAGUUGGGAGUAAAAGGAAAUAAUAAGAAGCCCUCUUAAUGUAAAAGGAAAAAUAGGGUGUUUUUUCUUUUUUUUUAAUCUUAAGAAUGGACUAUAAACUAAGUUUUGGGAUACUUGGGGGGCCUUAGGAACACGCAAAUGUAAAUAUUAUGCUGGUUGGUCAAUGGAAUCAAAACUGUACUGCUGUGAUAUAGGGAUGAAUGAUGUUUAUAAAGGAUGGACAUAAGAGGUUUUUGUUGUUAA